AUGAGUAGGAACGUGGAUAAGGCGAACUCGGUGCUGGUAAGGUUUCAAGAACUCGAAGCGGAAAAAACGGGUGGUUAUAAGGACUAUUCGCGAUUCAAAAGACCUACAAGAAUCACAUCGAUCAAGAACAGUAAAGAAGCACAACAAUGGCGCCGACAAGUCAUUCAUGACAUCAACUCCAGGGUAACCAAAAUGCACGAUCCAUCCCUGAACGAAUUCCAGCUCAGAGAGCUGAAUGACGAACUGAAUGACCUAUUUACAGAGAAGAACCGUUGGGAGCGUCACAUUCAUAAAAACUUAAAGGGACCUGAUUAUUCUCGAGACAAGAUGUUCAAGUUUGCUGGAAAAUUACUGAAGGGUCGCCGCUAUUUUGGGCGGGCUCUUGAGCUACCAGAGGCCAGAGAAUUGGCCCAAUCUGACCUUGACCGUCGUACGAAGCUGCAGACCACUCGCCAACGCCAAGCAGCCCUGCAUAAUAAAAUUAAAAGAUGGGAAAAGACUUUGGGGCCAGAGUACUACGGCUUUUUGCCAAAUGAAGGCAUACGCUUUCAUCGUCCUUUGACCGUGGACAGCCAAAAUAUAACCGAAUUACUGACAUCAGAGCCUACAGAACAGACACCGCUUAGAGAUUAUGAAGAAGAGUGGACAGUGACUUACAGGUCCGAACUGGGAAGCGAAGAUGUGUCGCCAAAGCCACAAGCUAUAAUUCCGGCGAUGGAGUACGUACCAAACCAAAAAGAGAUGGAGAACUGGUUAGUGCAAAGGCGAAAACAACAGCUGCAAAAACAGCUGGGACUUUGA